AUGGCUCACAUCUCUCAGAGUGACAUCCUGCUUUAUGUGCAGCGGCAGGGCCCCUGGAGGCGCCGGCUCUGCCCCUCGAGUGAGGCGGGCGCCCCGCCCCCGGCGGUCUGGAAGCGCGAUCGAGCCUCUGCCGGCGGGACCCUGCGGGCGCAGGGUGCCUCUCGGUGGGCGGGGAGGGCAGCCGGGGAAGCACAGCCCCGGCCAACAACACGGAGUCCCAUGCAGCCGGCGGAGAAGGUCUCGAAGGUCUCCCGGAGUGACUCGGAAUCGAGGCAGCCGACCGACUCUAGCCCCGUCGAUGAGCGGGACCAGAGGGCGAUUGGGAGAGACUCCGAGCUGUUCGCGGCCGCGCUGGGCAACCUGGAAUGGUUGCGGUUCUGUCUGAAUCGGGACCAUGGGGAAAUCCUGGCCAAUGACAAGGGUUUCACUGCCAUCCACUUUGCAGCCCAGAGCAGCAAGCUGGCAUGCCUGCAGGUCUUGGUAGAGGAGUACAAGUUUCCAGUAAACCUGCCCACCAACAAUGGCCAGACCCCUCUGCACCUCGUCAUCCACAGGGACAACAAGACCAUGGCUCUCCCCUGCAUUCACUAUCUGCUUAAGCAAGGCGCAGCCCUCAACAUUCGGACGUGCAAUGGCUCCACGCCCCUGCACCUGGCAGCCCGUGAAGGCCUGCUGAACUGUGUGGAGGUCCUAGUGCAAAAUGGCGCCAAUGUCCAUGCCCAGGAUGCCAUGGGCUGCAAGCCCAUCGACUAUUGCAAAGUAUGGAACCACCGCAUCUGUGCCCGCUUCUUGAAGGAUGCCAUGUGGAAAUGGGACAAGAAGAACUUUGCUCGUGAGAUGGGGAAACUGAAGAGGCUCAAGGACCAGCUGGCCCUCAUGGAGCAGGACUACCUGACUGACUAUCAAAAAGAGCACAAAAGUCUGAGAGAGGCUGAUUUCAAGAAGUGGCUUCAUGGCAAGCGGCUGCCCGGAGGCCAAUCCCUGAUGGGCAACUCUGAGCAAGAGCCUUGUGCCCUACCCCAGGCCGUUGCUGUCUCCAAGACUCCCAAGCACAGGGGAUUGUGGCCUCCCAAAAGCUUCCACCCCUCGCCGGAGGCGCGCCUGCAACAGACUCUGCAGCUCAAGCCGCCGCCCUUGGUGAUGCCCAAGCCCAUCUACAUGCGGCCCACGGUCAGGAGGCCCAAGUUGUGGAACCUUAGCAACAACCCCGCCAGAUCCCCCACCAUCCAGGUCGGCUACCCACAGGGCAUCCGCCUGGGAGUGCAUCCAGACCCCUGGCCAGAGCACGACUUCAGCAGCUUCCUCAGGGUGAGGUCCAACGGGCACGGUGGUGCGAGCCUAUGCACAGUGACCGGCAAGCUGGUGUCGCCUGUGCCCCGGCUGCCUUUUGAGGUGAUAGUCCGCGGGCUGUACCCUUUGGUGCAGCCAUACAGGAUGAAGGUGCCCCAGGACCUUUACUCCGUCAGCAUGAGGGACGUGCCCAGGAAGCGGCACUUGGGCGACGACACCUUCUGGACUGAUAGUCUGGCCAUGAACCUGCGUGAGACGUUUGAUGAAGCCUUCCUGGCAGCUGUGCGAGCCCAUCAAGGGCUCCUCACUCUGUCCUCCCCUAAAACCCACCCAUAAACUUAUUUUGGUAGCCUCUCGGCCUGAGGCAGCCCAAUGAAGGCUGAGGCAUGGCAAUUUGUGUUGUGGAUGGGGAGGAAAUGGGGGGAGUGCCCACAGGCU